AUGCAUGGAUGCACAGAGCGGCGGGCCGCGGUACGACGUGCCGGGAGGGCGGGGAGACGGCACGGUGUCGAUGAACGUCGGAGAUGGCCGACAACAUCCCCGCGCUCGACCUUCACCCUGGACCAGCUCACCCAGAACUUCGCGGCCAAGGGCCUCACCCAGGAAGAAAUAGUCACGCUAUCAGGCGCGCACACCAUCGGGCGGGCGCACUGCACGGCGUUCAGCGACCGGCUGUACAACUUCAGCGCGACGGGCGCGCCGGACCCGAGCCUGGACCCCGCGUUCCUGGCGCAGCUGCAGCGCGCGCGCCCUUCUGCCAACGGCGGCGUGUGCCGGCGUUGA